AUUAUUGCUGUUUCCGUCCGCGGAGCCGAGGCUCCAUUCAUGAGGGACGGCGAUGAGAACAAGAUGGCGGCGGCCCUGGUUCAGAUGGCUUGUCUGUACCGCGGGAUGCUGGCGGUGCGGACAGUGGGCGGGAGGCCGCUGAUUCCCGGCGCGGUGCCGCUUCGGUUGCGGGCCUUUUCGAUGAAGAAGGAGCGGGAGCCGCAGCUGGAGGAGAACCCGUUCUACGGGAAGUACGCAGACAAGAUCAGGGAGCUGCGCAGCUCUCGGCCCGGGGAGUUUAGAGCACGAAUGGAGAAGCGGGAGGAGGUGACGAGGGAACCGCUGGGCAUCUCCACACAGGCCGAGUUUGCCCUAGUCGUGGAGCAGGAGAUGGAAAAGCAAAAGAAAAGUGCAGCAGGCUCUGGAGUAUUCACAAAAAACAAGGCUCUGGCAUCCAUUCUUAACAUCGAUAAAGUCCAGGACAAGUCGGGAAAGGAAAUUGCAGAGCUGUGGAUGCAGUACUUUGCCACAAAAGACACAAUCAGUGCAGUCAUACCAGGAGAAACAUUUGAAGUGAUGUUCAGCAGAGCCACUUCAUGUCCGACUUUCCUGUACGCCCUUCCUCGGAAAGAAGGCUACGAGUUUUUUUUGGGUCAGUGGUCUGGGCAAGAGCUACAUUUUACCUCCCUGAUCAAUGUCCAGACGAUGGGAGAGAAUGCCCCAAGCCAGCUGAUCCUGUACCACUACUCAGACCUGCAGAAGGACAAAGGGAUUGUCCUCAUGACUGCUGAAAUGGACUCUAAGUUUAUAGGUGUACACCAAGCUCAGUGCUUAGCCAAUCAGGUCCAGCUUUUCUAUGGCACACGGCGUCAAGAGACUUUCGCACUGGUUGAAACUUUCAACCACAGGCCAUUGCACUUCAAGCACACAUCUGUGAUCGCGGAGUUGGAGCAGAGUGGCAUUGGUCCAGGAGUGCCUUCUGCAAAGACUUAAGCCCAAAAAUGCCAAGAACCAAAGAACUCAAGCUCCGAUACUAAGGAUGUUUUAUUUAUGCACUUCUCCCUACGGACACUUGAGAAUUUAGCUAUGUUUAUGUAUGUGCUUCAGUCUGUUCUCUUCUCAGUUAAUGAGGGGGUGGUGGAUGAUGUUCAUGACUCCUCCUGCAACCUGUAAACUCCAUGAUACUGAGUGGAAGGAACUGGAAAACUGCUUUGUUAAAGCUGUUGAGAGCCUUAAAAUGUGUUCUUCUGGAUCUUGUCUGAGAUGCUGCCAGGUGUUGUGCUGCAGACCAUAUCCUGAGAACAGUGCAACGUGUUAUCUCCUGCGCACACUGGUGUGACGUAUAACCCUGUCGUAUCAGUUGGCAGUAAAACCAUCUGGGAGGUACAAUAAAACUGGUAAAAAUAAACUCCA